CAACUUUAAUGGUCAACUUGAGUAUACAGAUAAUCUAAUACAAUUGAUCAUUCUAUAACUUUACCCUUUCUCACACUGUGAUUGGCAGUUUUGAACCAAACGAUUGACACAAGUCGCCUGUUUACUUUAAUGGAAUUGCAACACCAAGAAUUUCUCUAUAAUCCAAUCAGAAAUUUCAAAAUUAAAAAGCGACAUAGUUAGACAUGCCACAACAAUACUUGCUGUAAAAGAGACACCCCGAUAUCAGGCCUGCCCCGUCCCCCUCUUUUGGAAGGUAAUAAGAAAGAAAGAAAGAAAAAGAAAAAACUGAUCCUAAAAUGCCUCAGAAGUUAUUUUCGGGGGUCUAGAACAAAUAAAAAAAGUUGCGGGGCAUGCCUCCGGAUACCCUAGUGUAGUAUUAUCUCGAUCGGCCCCAAUUUCGACCCACCUUUUGGACAUACACCCCCCGCCCUCUGCGUACGGGACUGGGAUCCGCUCCCUGUACUCACAAUUGGUGCAAACGAAAAUUUAGAAGGUGGGCACUGUAGCCUUCUUUACUCACUAUCAAUCCUGUAGGCCAUACACUUUUCAAACCCCUAACUGCCGGGGAUGGAUGCAGGAUUUGGCGGUAGGGUGUGCGUGAGAGUCCACAUCACAAGUGGUGGCGCCGUCGGGGAGAGUCCUCUCUAUAUAGGAACUCUAGAGUCCCCUACCCCUAGGAGAGAGAGAAAUUUAAAAAAACCCAGAAUUUGUAUUUUCUACUUGUAGAAAAAUCGAUUAAAUAAGUAUUGAAACCACUAUCUUUUCGGAGGAUCUGCCCACCAGGCCUAGAACACUUUCGAGGAGAGAUUUUGAGCAAUGCCCGAUCACUCCCACUUUUCUCUAUCGUCGGGGACAUCGGCCCCGGUCGGGUAAUUCCUAGAGGAACCCCUGCCUCAGCCCCACCAUAGUUGGGGUUCAGAGGUGAGAAAGUUUGAGAAUAUAGAUGUCUAGGUGCCGGGAAAUUGCGUUAUCAUACUUAAAAAUCUUUCCGUUAAUUCAUAUCAACAAUAAAUACAACAAUUGUUUCUUUAGGAGGGUGCGAUCGAUCCCUUAGAGAAACGUCCCCACUAAAAGUUUCUUCUCAAUGUUGUAUAUAGGUGGCGGUAGACACCGGUUGCUCGCCUGAUGCACAUUUGGUGCAAGUUGUUGCAAUGUCCGUCGACAAUGAGGAUUUCGUGUGUUUAGAAGAUUUUGUAAAACCGGCCCAAAAACUUUUACUGAACUCAAGAUUUGAAUAUUAUAGUGAUGGCUGUAAUGAACAAUUUACACUAAAAGAAAAUAGGGAGGCGUUUAAGAGGUACCGUUUGCGACCUCAUCUUCUUCGUGAUGUAUCAAAGUUAGACCUGAGUACGACAGUACUAGGGCAGAAUAUUUCCUGGCCGGUCGGCAUAUCACCAACUGCAUUUCAUAGAAUAGCCAACUAUGAAGGGGAAAAGGCAACUGCUAGAGCCGCAUAUGCUGAGGGGUCUGUAAUGAUACUUAGUUGUGUCUCAACAUGCACCGUAGAAGAUGUAGCAGAGGCAUCUCCACAUAGUAUCCUUUGGAUGCAAGUUAUGUUUUUUAAAAGGAGGGAAAUUACAGAGAGCCUUGUGAAGAGAGCGGAGGCUGCAGGAUUUAAAGCGAUUGUUGUAACCAUUGAUCAGCCAAUUAUAGGAAAAAAGUACUCAAGUGUUAGAACCAGAGCAAGUGUACGGUUCAAACUACAAGCUCAUGAACAGCCAGUCAAUUUAAAACUUAACAUCAAGGGUGGGGGUGAUGAAAUUGUUGCAGAUUUUGAUGCCUCUGUUACUUGGGAAGACAUUAAGUGGUUGAAAUCCUUAACAAAAUUACCAUUGGUCCUUAAAGGUAUAACUACAGGCGAACAAACACGGAAUGCAGUCGAGUAUGGCGCUUCCGGCAUCUUAGUCUCCAACCACGGCGGACGUCAACUGGAUUAUCUACCAGCUACAAUUGAUGUCCUCCCGGAGGUUGUUUCUGCCGUAGAGGGCUCAGGUGUUGAAGUAUACUUGGACGGAGGGGUUAGGCACGGAACGGAUGUCUUUAAAGCUUUAGCUCGUGGGGCCAGAGCUGUUUUUAUUGGCAGACCAAUUCUUUGGGGGCUAACAUGGAAAGGCUAUGAGGGUGCCAAACAAGUUCUUUCAAUCCUCAAGGAAGAGGUGGCUUCAACUAUGGCAUUAAUGGGAUGUACUAAUGUCAGUGAAAUAGUGCCCUCAAUGGUUGUUCAUGAAGACUACUUUAAAAAAUCAAAGUUAUAGUAGAUUCUGCAAGACCACUGUUAAACAUUGUGAUUAUUAUUUUUUUCUAGCUCAUUGAGAAAUUGUGAAAUUGAAAUAUGCCUUUAGAAAUGUAAUUUUUCUUCUUUUUUUUUUUUUAAUGUGUGGUUUAUUUGCUUUGUAAUGUACUUGUAUGUUUUAUGUUAUAUGAAUAAAUUAAAGAAAAAAAAUAUUACAAGAAAUUACGUUUUAUGCACAUACCUACAUGGAAAGUAACCUAAUAGUAACCUGAUAUGUACAUGAGUUAUGUUUGUUUGUUGACUGGUUUUAGUUAAUUAUUAUAGUCUAACAUUCAUAUUAUUGAAGUCUAUUUUUUUGUAAUGCAAAUUUUGGUUGAAUAAAUAAAUUUAAGGAAUAAAAUGACAACAAUUUUCUUAAAGAAUGAAGAAUAAUGGUAUUCUUUUAAUAAUUUUACGCUGACCAAAGCUAAACUUGGUAUUAUCAGGGAACAGAUAAAUUUCACUGUUGCCUGGUAUCAUUGUGCUUCCACCAUGCAUAGGCUAAUUAUCUUCUGUGUUUAGUUGAUUGCUAACUUUUGAAUGCUUGGUGGAUAUAAUGCUCUCUUCCAAUUUGUUUUGCUUUGGUGGAUUGAUAGAAUGUGUAACUCUUAUAAUAAUUUAAUAUUUCUAAGCAAAACGUUUUGGAUAGAGGCAAUUCACUUUGAUUACAUCCAAAGGAUGCCCCUAAGCAAACUCUCAAGAAUAGAUAAAAUGGAUAAAUAUAAGUUUUCCCGAAUAAAUGUAUAAACGACAAAAUAUUUAAAUCAAAUACAAAAAAUUGUUGGUCAGUGUGAUAGAGGCUUUAAGCAUUAUGCACUACAGUAUAUAAAAAUAUAUUUUAUUUAUGAUGCUUGCAAACUUUCUAAAAGAAGCAACAAAUUAAAUAAAUAAAUUUAUAAAUUUAAAUAAAGAACUGUGAGCCAAUAAUUUUAUUAUGUUGACAAAAGCAGGUAACAUACUGAUAAAAAAAUAUAGCACUACUGGAUUGUACAUUACAUGCUAAAAGGUUGUGACAGUUGUAGACAUUUAUUUUUCGUCACGUAUUGACUUAUUUUAGUGAUUAAUAUGGUCACUUUAAAAUACUAUAUAUGUAUUUAUAUACCGUAUCAUUCCGUUAUAUUUAGUGAAAACGUCGACUUUGUAUCAGCCGCACUCCUCUGAACUGGUAUGCUCCACUUAGGCAUAACCUAUGCAGAACUGAAUAUUUUCUCUUUCCACUGUAAUGCACUAACUUUAUUUCAAUAAUGAAUUCUAACAUGAUGUGUUGUUUUCUAACGAGACAAGUCCUCGUCUAAUAUUUUGUAGAUUUGCAUUAAUGUAAUUUUAAAAAAUAUGUUUACGAUAUAUUAAUCGACAUAAAUAAAACUCGCUCAAAUACAGUAGUACUGUAUAUGAUUAUUACAAUUGCCUGCUGUGAUAAAACUUAUGAAACACCUAAAUAAGGGGCAAUAUUAAUUUUGUUUGAUCUCAAAGACCAAAUAGAUUCGUGAAACAACUCGUUAUAGGCCUAUACUUAGUGUCUGGUCAAUAUCGAGGAAAUAUUUUCUCGUCCACACUAUCAAAUUUUCUUUAACAAAAAGUUGUAUGCUCAUAUAUAGUCAUGAUGUGCCUAUAUAUGGUCAUGAUGCGAUGCCAUCAUGACCAUAUUUAGGCAUGUCGCAUUUUUUUUGCAAAUACAAUUUGAGAGUCUGGACAGGCCUUCAAAAUUAAUAAAUCAAAAAUUGAAAGAAAUUUAAAUAUUGAAUAGUACUGGUCACGGAUUUUUUUAAAUCUCACUUGCGCUGUACUGUAGUUUUAAGUGGAAUUUAACCGUGCCCUGCAAGAAGGGGAAGUUGAAUGACCGGUAUUACAUCCUUUAAACAAUCUGUAUCAAUGAUUACCAUCUGGUUGGACGUUAAAAUCCAUCACUUGCACUAAGCGUUAUCAUAAUUUCUUUGUACCAUACCAUAGUUUUAAUUGCAGCUAGUAAACUUGUUGAAUAGGCCUAAACUACUAUUAAAAAUAUUUUAAUACCCUGUUUA